CGGCUGUCACUAAACCAUACUGAGCAGCGCUUUGAAUUUCUCCAAGGCUGUGCGCCUCUAUGAGUUGGUGCUCCGGGCGGAACGAUGCAGAGACCCGAAUGACGCUGGACCCCAGGCUGACCAGCUCCAGUAGUGGGUCGUCUAGCAUCUGGUAUCUCCUGCCUGAUGUGGUUCCUGGAGCAGCUCCUCUGGGGACCUGAGCGUCUCCUGCGGGGCGGAAACCGGUUUUUCCAGGGUCGGACCGGUGGAGCCACGGCCGUCGCACCCGCCACUUGCGCAAACGUGCUCACCCCGGACCACAUCCCCGAAUUCUGCAUUCCCCCACGACUCGCGCCUUGUCCGACUCUGGCUGUAACCCGCCACACCUGGUGUGACCAAGCAGGGAGAGACGAUGCCUUGGGGCGCACGGAUUGGGACCCGCGCUCGCAGGCCGCGCUCUCGCUGCCGCACCUGCCCCGCACGCGCACGGCCUAUGGUUUCUGCGCGCUGCUCGAAAGCCCGCACACUCGCCGCAGGGAGUCGCUUUUCCUGGGCGGCUCUGGCGCCGCUGAGCUCCUGCCAGAGCCCCGUCCCCGGGCGCGCACCUACGGCGGCGGGGGCGGAGCCGGAGGAGACACCUUCCUCCCUCCCAGACCCGGAGCUCCUGCGGCGCCUCCAGCGGCCCCUGGUGGUCUCCGCUCGCUUCCCGACGCGCUGGUCCCGCGGCCCCGCGGCCGCCGCCUCCUACGCGUGCCCGAGGGGCUGCUGCGCCGUGCGCAGCCGGCCCGAAGAAGCGGUGGCUUGGCUCGCGCCUGCUCUGUCUCCGGCGGGGACGAGGAGGAAGACGACGAGCUUCGCGCCAGCUCCCGGUCCCGGGCCUCGGCCCCCGCCGCGUCCCCUCCGCCGCCCGCCAGCCCGCGGCCAGAGCGCCUAGAGGCCGAGGGCACCGUGGCUCUGGACGACGCUGGUGGCGCCCUGCGCUUGGCCGCCGAGUACUGUAGGAUCAGCGGGCGUCUCCGCGUCCGUCUGCUCCGCGCCGAGGGCGGGGCGGGAGGGGUCUCCGAGCACCGCACCCCAGUCGGCUGCCGCGUCAGCUUCGUCCUCCUGCAGCCGCCGGGCCAGACGCGCACAUUGCGCGGCACCGUAGUUCGGCGGAGUCACCAGGCCGUCUUGGAGCAGGACUUGUGUUUGGACGGGCUCUCGGAGGACGAGGUUCGCCGCCUGGCGGUGCGCAUCAAGGCCGAAAACCCGGGCCGCGGCCUGGAGCGGGGCGGCUUGCUGGGCCAGGGCGAGCUGCUGCUGGGCCCCCUCCUGUUCCUCUGAGCGCGUGGCCUGGCCCCUCUCAGACACUAACAACUGCAAUGUCCAAAAUAAACCUGCGUUUAUUCUGCUCAA